UCUUCUUCUACAUCAUCAUAAAAACAUAGAAACUGAAAGACUAAACAGCGACUACUAACUGAAAAUAAUUAAAAUAAUUUAAAAUGCAAGAUCCAUCAAACCAAAACGUGAAGUCAAACAAUGCGGCGUCAUUUCCAUUCCGUCCAUCACAUCACCGGCGAGCACAUUCAGAGAUGAACUUCCGGUUGCCAGACGAUCUAGAUCUGGCGUCUGAUCCGUACGACGGACCUUCUGGAAGCUUCGAAGAGUUAGGAUCUGAAGAAGAUCUGUUCUGUACUUAUAUGGAUAUUGAAAAGCUAUCUGACGGUGCCGCUGGUGGUGGAUCUAGUAGCUUUAAUAAUUUUAACAAUAAUAAUAAUAACGACGUCGUUUUCAAUGGCGGCGGUGGUGGAGAUGGAUUUGAAGAGAAUGUGGGAGGAGGUAGUAGUAGUAGACCUAGACAUAGGCAUAGUAAUUCAGUUGACAGUUCGAGUUUUUUGAAUGAAAGUAUUGAAGCUAAAAAAGCUAUGGCCCCUGAAAAACUUGCUGAAUUGUGGACUCUUGAUCCUAAGCGUGCUAAGAGAAUUUUGGCUAAUCGACAAUCUGCUGCUCGUUCUAAAGAGAGGAAGGCACGUUAUAUGUCUGAGCUUGAGAGAAAAGUUCAGACCUUGCAAACAGAAGCAACCACCCUUUCAGCUCAAUUGACUCUAUUUCAGAGGGAUACAACUGGCUUGUCUUCUGAAAAUACGGAACUAAAGCUUCGAUUACAAGCUAUGGAACAACAGGCUCAGUUACGUGACGCUUUAAAUGAGGCGCUGAAGCAAGAAGUUGAAAGGCUCAGAAUGGCUACGGGAGAAAUAGCAAGCUGUUCUGAUGGUUAUAAUUUGGGGAUGCACCAUGCUCCAUACAACCAAUCAAACUUUUUCACAAACCAUCAACAGCUGGGGCCGCCACAAUACCACCAGUCGCACCAGUCCAACAUGUCAAACCACCACCACAACUCUCACUCUCUACUUGCAGCCGCCCACGCUCAGGCUCAGGCUCUUUCUGAGACACUACAACAGGAUCCACUUGGUCGCUUCCAGGGACUCGAUAUCAGCACCAGAGGUAAUCCUCAUCUUGUCAAGUCUGAAGGCCCCUCAAUCUCUGCCAGCGAAAGCAGCAGUACAUUUUGAUUCUCAUCGUUUUUCCACAUUUGUGUUACCACCAAAUUCUUUGAACUGUUCAUAGACUAACUAACGCCUUGUUAGUGCUCAAAAGCACCAUUUUCUUCACAUUUAUUUAUUUUUAACCAUCCCGUUUGUGGGAUACAACAUUGUUCUUUAUUGCCGUGAUGUUAACGGCUACCACUUUUUCAUGCUAUUGUAACUUAUUUAGUGUUGGAAUUUUUUGUCUCA